GUAGGAUCUUCAUCUGCGUUCCACCGAUACGAACCGCACCGAUAAAAUUUCCCCCAAUUUUCCUUCGAUACAUGAAAAGCUUUCAAGAUUUGUGAAUCAAUAAUCAAAUCGAGGAUCUGUUUGAUAUAAUUCGUUACAUUCUUUGUCGAUUCGACCUAUUGAUAUCUAGGUUCUGGCUUUCAUCGCCGUUCUUGAAUCUUCAGUGUAGAAGAUGGGAGUCAAACGUCCUUUAGAAGAAAAAGAUGUUCCAGAUCUUUCUUUCAAACAAUCUAAACAGGUUGAUAAUGAUGUAAAUAUGACAUUUACGGCAGAUGAUCCCGCCCCUCGUACAACUGUGGAGAUUGAGCUUGAUGAUGACUUGCAGGCUAUAAUGAUGGAUGAAUCAAAGCGCAACUCCUAUCAAUAUGAUUUUGAUGGGAUCCUUGAACGUGGCGCUGGGCAUACUUCAUCGGCUGUCCUCAAAGAACGGGAAGCAAGUUCACCAUUACCCCUGGUCACUAGCAGCAGCAGCAGUGAGGAAGGUUCCAGAUAUGGCGACCAAACAUACAUGUGUAAUUUCCCGGGAUAUGUUGACUUAAAUGUACCUUGGCGCCGAUCCGAAUUCUUUGAUCCAUAUUUGAUGGUAUUUAGCAGCUGUCCCCGACCAGAAACCCCCAGCACAAUGGAGAAUCUAGCUGAAAUUCCAGAAUGGGAUCCAAACUCCCGUGAUAGUGACUUCGAACAGAAAAUGCUGGGCACUUGUAUAAUUCCUUUCCCGGCAACUGAUUCGAGUGUCGACGAAGUUGCUGUGGGAAAAGGUCGAACAGAUUGUAGCUGUAUGGAUGCUGGAUCAGUGAGCUGUGUCGAGGACCAUGUGAAUGAAGCGAGGGAUAUUCUUCGACAAUCCGUAGGUGAAGAGGCGUUUAAGGAGAUGGGUCUUUACGAAACGGGUGAGGAGGUGUCACUUAACUGGACUGGCGAAGAAGAGCAGCGUUUUCACGAAGUGGUUGUCAACAAUCCGUCGUCGCUCGGUGGCAAUUUCUGGAAGCGUCUCGACGAAGUGUUCCGAAACAGGUCCAAGAAGGAGCUGAUCAGCUAUUUCUUCAAUGUCUUCAUGCUGCGGAAGCGGGCUGCCCAGAACCGAUCUCUCGUGCCGCAAAUCGACAGCGACGACGACGAGUGCCACCAUGUUCGGCCUAGGUACAGAACUCCGGGCGAAGAAGACGACACGGAGGAUGAAAGUGACAUCCACCAUCUUAUUUCCGGAGACUUCUAUGUAGACGGGGAAGAUGACUACAACGAUGGUGAUGGUUAUGGUGGCGGCGACAAUGAAGAUUCUGGUAUCGAGUCGUUUGGUAAUAGCAAUGACAGCUGGAUCGAGAACUAUUCGUCUGAACCUGUCAAUCUCCCCCCGGGUGGCGAUAAUGCAGGCACGGUGGACGACUACCUGUCUGAAUCUGUAAACCUCCAGGGCGAUGACGACAACCUGUCUGAACCUGUAAACCUCCCGGGCAACGACGAGGACCAGUCUGAACCUGUAAACCUCCUGGGCAACGACGAAGACGGCGAGGACCUGUCUGAACCCAUAAACCUCCCGGGUGACGAGGACCUGUCUGAACCUGUAAACCUCCCGGGCAACAACGACGGCCUGUCUGAACCUGUAAACCACCCGAGCGGCGACGACGACGAUGAUGCGAAUGGUAACAACUGUGGCACUACAUCUGGUGGCAAUGAUAAUGAUAGCAGCCAGGCAAAUCCAAACGUUGUUGAAAGGGAUGGUGAGAACAGUUCAUUGUCUGAGCAGGAGGAGAACAAGAAGUAAGUGCAGUUUUGAUUCUUAGUAUAUGCUUAUAUACAUAUACAUAUAUAUAUAUACUGAUCUGUGUAGAAUCUGUAGACAUAGGCAAAGGAGGAAAAACUUUUCCAGACAUUGAUUCUAGUUUUUCUUUUCGUCAAUUUUUUUUUUUUUUUUUUUUUUUUUUUUAAGACAUUUUUGUCUUAGUAAAACCAUUACGAGGGCAUAACAAAGUUCCUCCCUUGGGAAAGAAAAAAAAUUCGUUUCUUUUUUCAUUCUUGUGUGUCAUUGCCAGCUAAUAAUAAGUUUUUUAGAGAGAGAGAGAGGUGGAAACCUUUUUAAACUAUUAUAGAGUGACAAAUUGAAUAACUUUGUAUUCAUCAUCACCUAUUGUAUUUAUUUGCACCAUUAACAUAUGA